CCAAUAACCCACAAUAAUAAUAAAUCACCAUAACUCGUCAACAAUAAGUUCGUAUAUUCGACCAUAUAUCAUCAUCAUUAUUCAAUAAUAUAAUAAUAAUAUCAAUAUGUCUACUUGGACUACUCAAGUUUCUACCAUCGAACAAAAAGUAGAAGAACUAGUAACCGAAACAAUCACCCUCAAACUAAACGUGAAAGAAGAUGAUGAUGUCUCGGAAAACAACAACCUAGAAAACCUCAACACCGAAGAGCUACUAGAACUUGGUGAUAAAGCCAAAGAAGAGGGUAACAAAGAAUUGUUGGAGGCGAUAUCUCAAAAAUUGUUGGAGCGGAUCAAGGACAAGAAGUUGGACGUUGAAAGCAUUGAUUACGAGCUUCUGUUUAAAAUCCUUAUGAUAGCCCAUAAGGACGCGGCUGAUAACAAAGAAUUGCUUGAAUUGGGUUGUCAGACAGUGGCUGAUCGGAUCGCGGCCAAGACCCCUGAGGAGAUUCGACAGAUUUUGCAUAUCGAGAAUGAUUUUACACCCGAGGAGGAAGCAGCGGUUCGGGCAGAAAAUGCAUGGGCUUUUGAAUAAGACCAAGGUGCCCGCGCGAUGCGGCGGCGGCCGUGACUGCGAUGGUGUGAUGGUUGGGCGACUUUUGGUGGUGGAGCAGCGUUGAGUCGUAUAUAUAAUUAAUGUAAAGGUUAAUGGACAUAUUUUAAGUGAUAAAAGGAUUGAUAGUGUAAUUUAAUCAUUAAUGUUAGGGGAUU